UAAUUAUUAACUUCAUGAUAAUCUCGCAACACACUGUGCGGCUCUUAAUACGUCCUCAGAAAGUUACGUGUUUCACGCUUGUGUGUGUCUACAAACUGGAGUGCAAAGCUUUGAACAGGGAUAUUGUUUACUACCGCCCUCUGAGCAAUGGACCAAGGGGCCCAGAUUGAUGAAAUCUUGGAAUCCCUCAAAUGGAAUGGGCGCUACCAAAUCAUUUAUUCCAUUGUUCCAUUUUUGUCCUACAUUUCUAUUGCGAUUUCUUCCAUGUCGGUUGUUUUCAUAGGUAAAAUGGUGGAACACCACUGUAAGAAGCCGCACAGUUUAAAUAUAACAGUUGGCCCUGGCACCUACUACGUCAUUUCGAAUGCCAGUGACUCCAACUUCAAUGUGACGUAUGGCGCCUGCAGCGUCGACGUCAUGCAAGGAACGGACGUCAUUUACUCAACAAGAUGUCCAGACGGCUAUGAAUAUGGCGAACCCAGAGACUCAUCUUUCGUAUCAGAGUGGGACUUAGUUUGUGACAAGGAGUCUCUCUCGGAUGUUUCCAUGUCUGUGAACUACAUCAGUGAAAUGAUCUGGGCUUUAGUCUUCACGAGAUUAUCAGAUAUCUAUGGUAGGAAGAAACUGUUCAUGCUGACCAACUCGCUCUACUUUGUCAACUCAAUGAUUCUCUGUGUUCUCCCCAACUUUGUGGCUUUCUUGGUGUUCAAGUUUUUACAGACGGGUGCGAGCAUGUUUGCCAGUGUUAUAAUGGUGGAAAUGAUGCCAACUAAGCACAGAGCGUUGCCUAUUCAGAUCAUUGCCUACCUUUGGCCGGCCUCACUUCUACUACUGUGUCUGCUCGCCUACCUGACCAGGGAGUUGAGUUGGCGCUACCUGCAGUUGAGCCUUGGCCUGGUGUCGGCAUAUGUUCUGGUUCAGUGGUGGGUUACAGACGAGUCUCUCCGCUGGCUCUGUGUGAAGAACAAAAAGACAGAGGCGGAGCAACUUGUCAAGAAGAUGGCACGACUGAACAAGGUUAGCCCAGAGAAAGCUCUGCACAUUUUGAGAACUGACAUUUUCUCCCGGGAUAUAAGAUUAGAGUUAUCCCAAGACUCACGGAUGUUAGAACGAAAUGAAACAAACAACACAACAGAAGACGUUAUGAUGUUAAGUGACGACACUGCCAUCACUAACAGAGGUAAAUCAACACCUAGUCAGUCAGACAACAACGUCAAGUUUCUAAGCAUUGUCAGAAAUAAACAUUUGAUGAAAAUACUUGUCAUCUCCUGUAGUUUAUGGUUUACGGAUUGUUUAGCCUACGAUGGUCUUCUGAUGGUGUCACCGUCUUUCGCCCAGAACUUUUAUGUUGGCUUUGCCCUAAGCGUCAUGGUUGAAUACCCAGCAAGUGUCACUUUUAAUUUGAUAGUCGACAGGGUUGGACGAAGACAGUGUAUUGUGGUGUCUCAUCUGAUAGCUGGAUUCUGUCUCGUUGUAUCAACAUUACUCUUUGUGCCAGCUGUGCAAAGUUAUGUUCCAGAAAGUAGUUGGGUCUCUCUUGGAUUUGUUCUGCUAGGAAGAUACGCUUUAUCUGUUGGUUAUACCUGUGUGACUCUCUUCACGCCUGAGUUGUUACCUACGUCAAUCAGGAGUACUGGCUCUGGUUUUACAAGCGUGGCAGCUUACGUUGCUGUAAUGAUAGCUCCUCAUGCCAGAACACUAAAACGACACAUCCCGUGGGCGCCGUCAAUAAUUUUCGGCUCCAUCUGUAUUAUUUUAUCCCCCCUGACAUUCCUGCUACCGGAGACCAAAGGUCAUGAACUCUCACAGACUCUGGAGGACAUGGAGAAGUGGUUGAAUGACGUCAAAUCUAAAAAUAAACCAAAGCAAUAAUAUAUCAUAAUGUU